AUGUGGAAGUGUCAUAAGUGCGGAAAACCCGUAUAUUUUGCGGAACGUAAACAAUCAUUGGGCUAUGAUUGGCAUCCUGAAUGUUUACGCUGCGAGGAGUGUGGCAAACGUUUAAAUCCCGGACAACAUGCUGAGCAUAAAGGUGUGCCUUACUGUCAUGUACCAUGCUAUGGUGCCCUGUUUGGGCCACAACUGUUUGGUCAUGGUACUCGUGUAGAAUCUCAUAAAAGUUUUGGCAAUAAAACAUUUCAAAGACCAGGACAACAAAAUGGUCCAUCGUUACCCAGAGAUCAUUUGGAAUCGAAAUUAAAGGUCUAUAAUCAAUUUUACGACAAUAAAAGCAUGGAAGUGCGUAGCAGAGAAGUCAACAAUCGUCUAAUUCUCGAAGGGGCCUUGCGUGUAUAUUGGGGUGUACAGGGUGUUAUACAUCUUAAGGAGGAUGAUGAUCAGCGGACAUUUGUUGUGCGUAAACGCAAUUCGUGUCGUAUGUCAAAAGCCGAUUCGUCUGACAAAGAGAAUAAUGAUGGUAGUGAAUCAUUAGAUGUUGGUACCACCACCAGUGAUCAAGUCGAUGCCAUAUCAACAGACAUAUCACUCACCGAAAGUAUGUCAUUCGAUUCGUGUAGUUUAAAUGAAUUUCCCGAUUUACCAACAACGCCAGAGGAUGCAUCUGCCAAUACCACAGGGACACAGACAUUGACAAAUGGUGGUGGGGAUGUUGGAGCUGUAAAUGGCGGUGGUGGUGACGAUACAUCAUCGACCAAUACAUCCACAUUGUGUGAUGAUCAAUGUUCAUCUCUGACAACAACAACGACGAAUGGUGUUAGCUCAACACUGCCCUCGAAAUUGGAUAAAUUGGUAAACUUGGAAUGGGAUGAAAUUGAUGAUUUAUUGAAAGUGGAAAGGCGUGUCAGUGAAAAAGAUAAAAUCUAUGAAACCAUGCCGGUGCGUUUACCCUCAACAUCACCACAAAAUUCUUCCUCCUCAACACCAACAUCGGAUAGUUCAAAAACCGUAUCCAAUCAAUUGAGUACCGAUACAACAAAUCUGGAGGAUAUAACCUCUUCCAAGAACUCCACAACAUCUUCCUCACCUGUUUCGUCACCUUCCUCGGCAACAACUUCCAACAAUACCACUUCUUCGGAUAAUUUCUUAACAGCCACCGGUUCGAUGGCUACAACCACCACGAGCAACUCGAGGGACACAACCACAACCAAUGCCACCACUUCCACUACCACUGUAGAUAAUUAUGAAACCUCCGAUGAUGCCACUCUGAAACCCAUGGACUUUGAAGAUUUUAAACGUAGCGUCCAUCAGGACUAUGUUAAUGGUGCCAAUUCAUUUCAAGAACACAAUGAUGACACAUUAAAGCGUAAUCAACCCAUAGAUCCAUCACGUAUACACGACUCCUUGAAACUUUAUAGCCAAGCAUCGGGCGGCGAUAAUCCAAUGAGUAAAAGUUUUAAUUGUGAACAUGCCUUGCGUUCCAUCGAUGCAUCGUUUAUAAAUGAUACCCUGGCCCUGCGGAUGUCUGCGGAGGGUGGUGGUUCACCACAGAAACGUUCACCAUAUGUUUUGCAAAAAAGUGGUUCUGCGCAGGCGCAACUUAUAACAAAUGGACGUUUUGAAAAGGGUAUAAAUCGUUCAAAAUCUGGCCCCUCAUGUAUGGCGGCCUACUCGUCCAGUGAUGACGACGACGAUGAUUCGACUCUGAAGCCACAGCGUAGAUCGGCACAUCAACUGGGUCCUGGUGAUCAUAUUUCGGCAACAAUACGCAAGAGUGAUAUACCACCACGUUUUAUACAAAUCAAUAUGAAUUGUUAUCCCAAAGAGAGUGGACAGCAGCAUCAACAGCAGGCAGCGGGUAGUAGUGAAUGUGAUUCGAGUCGUCAGGAAAAUGCUGGUGGCCAAUCAACAACAUCACAAAGUGGUGCUGCAGCGGGUGAUGAAUUGACCCAGACGGAGGAAAUGUUUACGGCCACAGGUGGUGAUAGAUCAAGCAAUAGGGGUAAAUAUCCGGAGCAUUUGGAUGAUGAUGAUCAGCCGUUACAUGUUACCGAAGAUGGUGUGGUAUUGCGACGGCCACCACGUACCGGUGCUGCAGCCAUUAAGAGGCGUAGUGGUAAUAGAAGAUCCCGCACAAAACUCAAACGUCGUUGUUCCAUAAACGGACAUUUUUACAAUCGCGAAACAUCAUUCUUUACACCACCCUAUGGUUCACAAAUGUCCGUUUGGGUAACAUCACUGGUAACAACACAAGAAGUAAUCAAUUUACUUUUGGAAAAGUAUAAAGUCGAUAGCCCUGCUGAGAAUUUUUCCCUCUUUAUAAUACGUGACAAUGGUGAACAGAAACGUCUGAAGGAAAAUGAAUAUCCCCUGAUUACACGUAUUAUGCUGGGUCCCCAUGAAGAUGUUGCCAAACUAUUUUUAGUUGAUGCCAAGAAAACCGAUGAAAUAAGCAAUGAAGUUGCUCAAUUUUUAAAUUUAUCAUUACCCGAAUGUCGUGCAAUUCUAGAACGUUACGAUCAAGAAUUGGAACGUGAAGUAACCAAAGUUAAAGAUAAAUAUGCUGAAUUACGUCGCCGUAUUGUUGCACGUAUGGAAUCUCUAAAGGUCCAUUUAUAAAUUCCUUUAUUAUUAUUAUGAAUUUUUUUUUCAAACUACUUAUAUUUCCGUUUGCAAUUAUUAU